AUGGGGAGCACAAUGGGCAGAGCCAUCUUGAGUGCGUGCCUUCUUCCGCUGUGCGUGCUGCACUUGCAGGGUUGUGGCAAGCCGAAAGAAGCCUGCAUAAAGGGCGACAAGGCUUGCAAGGAGCUGCAAGAGCUUCUUCGUGAGACCGACCUCGACUGUCCCAAGCAUCCGGACAGUCGAUUUAUCGGACCUCCCCGACUGACGGUCGUGGGGGAGACCUGUAGCGCCGUGGAGUUCCUGUACAAAGGUGGCUUGCCGAUAGUGUACACCUACGCUCGGCAAGCAAAGGAUUCCGAGUUUACUGACGAGUGGGGUGGCGGUUUGCCGCCACUGGACCUUUCAGACCGAGCUGCUGCUGGGGGCGAGGAGCUGUGGAAUAACGUUCCUUUUGAUCCGAAGAUCCGGCGGUAUCGCACCAUGAUGUACAAAUUGCCGCCGCACAAGGCCUUCGAGGUCAAGUUGAGUGACAAAGACGAUGCACCCUUCGAAGGCUUCAAUUUCAGUUGUCCGUCAAAGCCACGGAUUUCUGACGCCGUACCUUUCAAGCCUCAAAGACCAUAUGACUUGAAGCUGCACCGCACGGAUCCCCGGAUUAACAAGAAGAACGACGAGGAUUCGGUUUGCAUUGACCUGCACUGGGCCCAUCCUCACACGGAGCUCAACCUAUUGCCGGACGACACCUAUUUCCGGAUAUUCACGACUUACGACGAAGAAGACGCCGUCUUGUUUUGCGAAGACACGGUCGGUGCACGGAAUCGUACAUGUGGGGUCCCCAUGCGGACUGCCACCUCCCAGUCGAGCCUCAGCUUCGCUACAAUAUGUGGCUUGUGGCCGAAGAGGCGAGUCGUCUUCACGGUUGAGGCUUUCAGCUGCGACGGUGAGUCUGUGUCCACGAACAUGACGGCCAUGACGCCUCCUGGGGCACCAACCUUCACCGCAGCUUUGGUGACACAUCCUGCAAGCCAGGCGAGUUCCGCCGGGUUUUGGCCGAAAGCCAUAAUCGACUGGAUCCCUCAGUAUGAUGAGCUGAUAAUAGGUCAUGCCAUCUACCUGGCGCUGAAGGGCGUUGGCGCAAUGAAACUGUUGUGCUGGAUGCCUUUCCACAAAGCCGGAAAGGGGUACCUCGAGCUGCCUAUAGCGCACAAGAAUCACACUCAUUCGCGGGAUGCUGCCACGCUGCGUGAUUACGACCAGAGGUAUCACGUUCAUCAGGAGCAGCAGAUCCUUGUUGCCACCAGAUCAGCUGCCUCCUCAGAAGUCACAAACUCCUUUGAGUAA